UCGCCCAACUGUUCCUGCUCCCCGCCGCUGGAGGGGCGUGGUGCGCGUGUGCGUCGGCUCCGCCAGCCACCUGCCCUCGGGGGACCCGUCGCUGACGGACAUGAUGCGCAGGAUCUCGAGGACGAGGCAGGGCAGGCGCGGGAGCUGCGAGGAGAGCACCGCCGCGGACCCCUACUGCACCAUGCAGGUCGGCUCCCAGACGUUCCGCACCGCCACGGUCCCGAAGACCACCAACCCGAGGUGGUCCCCGGGCACCGCCACGGGCGACUUCUUCGUGUACAGCCCCAGGCAGCUCAUGCACCUGGACGUGUACGACGACGACUUCGGCUUCACGCACGACGACUUCCUGGGCAGCGCGACCCUGGAGGUCGGGGACCUCCUCUCCACGCGGCAGCACACGUUGGUGCUCGACCAGCAGCGCGGUCCCUCUAUCAACAGGCUGCGCUCGCACAGGACGCUGAGCCUGUCUGCGCACAGCGGCGCCACGGAUGCCCACGACCCUGGUGAACAGGCCCACGCCAACGGGCACGACGGCG